AUGUUCCACCUCCUGUUUCAACAUUCCGACCCUAUUCAUUUGUUGGUCUUGCUUUAUUCAAACCUCUUAUGUCUGGCGCAUUACUGCGAUGUCCACGGCCCAACGCCUCUCAUGGUCACCGAGGGAUUACCAAUCCCAUGCGCCGCCUGCUACGAGGACAUACCCUAUACCAGCAAUAACAACACCAAGACAGACGUCCGCACAACCAUCGCCGAGGCCCUCCGAAGGCUCAACCUCGACAGCAAACGCAGCUCUUUGGGCUCGGCCUCCGCCGCCGUCUCCGACCAUGACGAGCCGACAGGUUACGGUGCACUCCGGCGUACGACUCAACUGGCUUCAGCAUCGUCCACUGUCGAUACACCUCCCGUCAGCCCGCGAUAUCCUCCCGAGUCCUCGGCGUCUACAGGAGGAGGGCACCACGGCCGCCGUGAAUCGAGCUACAGGAGGACAUACGACGAGACCACGACGAGGAGGGCUGGCCCCUGCGAGAACUGCGCCAUGACCUUGCCCAGGAGAAAGGAGAGCACCACGAAGUCACGAGGUGGUGAUGGCAGCGACAACGAGACAGGCCCAAUAUUGCGCACCAAGGCACCCUAUGCCCGGGUCUACGGCAGUGGCGUGACUCCAGGCGACGCUUCUCCGCCUAACUCGACCUCGACUGUCUCGGACGAUGACGGCUACUACGAGGACGAGCGCACGCCGUCGCACCACCGGGCCGGCACCAUCACCUCGACGACCUCCCGCUCGAGCGCGAGCUCCCCUUCCGGCGCUGGCGCCGUACACAGCCACAUGCACUUCCUGCACUACACCUCGUCCCACGAGCCUGUCGUGCCCUCGUCCUUCUCCAUCGUGCGCGCUUCAUGCAUCCGCACGCUCUCCUUCGAGACGUUACCCCGUGGAGCACCAACAGCGGCCGCUACGACCACAACGAUGAUGGGAUCUAGCGGCGGCGCCGGCCCUAUUACUUCCGCCAUCACCUCGCCCGUCACACCAGGCUUUAUCACGACCCACUCAUCUGGCGCCGCUGCAUCGGGGGGGCCCAUCUUCUUCGGCGAUCCUUCAGCAGGGUACACAACGGCCUACAUUUUUCGCAUCCCUGAUGUGCAUGCCCGUGGGCACAAGCGCGUCUAUGCGUUUUUAGCUCUGAGCACACACCGCGAGAGGCUCGCCAUGAAGACGUUUACUUUCAUCUCGACUGCCUUCCGCGAGCUGGCUGCGUGGAUACAGGGGCUUGCCGAGGCCGAGGCCGAGGCGGAGCGUUACAGCAGUGGCAAUGGCCCUUUCAGUCCCAUGACGGCUGCGCAGAGUAGCCAGCCGCCACAGACCCCUGCCAUGGAGACCAGCAACAGCAGCACGGCAGCCGGGAGCGGGUUUCUGUCGAGCGGUGUCGGCGGUCUGUCGCGGAGAAUGGGCGGCGGGUAUGGCUACGGGGGCUCAGGCGUCGCGCUCAAGGCGAGGGGUCUGCCUGAGCUGGUGGGGCUGCCUGACUUCUUUCUGGAGCUUCAUCAGAAGUUUGUGCAGCUUCUGCUGGAGCUUGGGGUUGUGCUUAGCUCGUGAGUGGGGUUGAGCUGGGCUGCUGGUAUCUGAGUAUAUGGACAGACUGGUAGGUGUAGAGACACGGAUGGCUUUCUACACAAAGCCUGAUGGGACCAAAUUUUCUUUGGAUCGGCAGCAGCAUUGUUUUUCUCUUCUUUUUUUCUUUGUCGGUACGUGUCUGUGUCUCAUCUUGAGCAGCAGCAGCAUCGGAGUCUCUUGGAUUUGUCUUCUUCCCAUUCUCAUGGAGGGUUAGCGCUGGGAAAAGGUUUUUAUUUUGAUUUUAUCUUGAUUUUUUUGUGUCAAAGCUCUCGACAACGGCUUAGAAGAGAGCGGUGGAUGGAUAUACCCCCCAAAUCAAAACCGGUCUAGAAGGAAUGUUUGCACAAUGCGAAAUUGCAUGGAAAUAUCAUUAUGUCGAACAAAAAUAAAAAGAAUGUAUCAU